AAGAAAAUAAGUCACCAUUGUUAAAUCGCUCAAAACCAGUAACCCUUUUAUUUUCUUCUCUCAUUACCAGAAACUUCGGAAAGAAGAUUUCUUUUCUCUAAUUCUACUCAACAAUGGCGUCUAAGAAAUCAUUAGCCCAGCGUCUCUUUAACAUUUACAAAUUCUCUUCCAAAAGCGUAACCAGUUGCCGGAUAUCUUCAUCCACUGCUCAAAAUCGCAUUCCCCGUAGUCCUAAUCGUUCUAAUCUCGCUCCUGAUCCAGGAGACAAUGCCAUCUUCAGUCGCUUUAUUCACAAGAGGGCUAUGCAGGAUGCGAUGUCUCCCGAGCUACGCUCAGUACCAAUGGGAGGUAACCUGAUUGAGAAACUUAAGGAAAUUGGAAUCGGCCGGGACCGGAUUCGCUUGGACGGUCUUACUCCACCUCCGGCCACGGAAACUUCGUCGUCGGAGAGGCCAGGGCUUACGAUUGCUGAUACGAAAAAGUUACUUCGGGUUACCCAACUAGAGGCUGUUAAAUCGAAGCUGAGAGAAAUUCCUCAGAGCAGUAUCUCUUACACGGAAUUUGUACGGAUCUGCGAGGAGACUUGUUCUGAUUCAGAGCAAGGACGACAAUUUGCUAAAAUGCUAGAUGAGAGUGGAAACGUCGUCGUUUUCGGGAACGUUGUUCUUCUCCGACCAGAACAGGUAGCCAAAGUGAUUCAAGAACUGAUUCCGUCUCCAGAACCAAGCUCCAACGACCCAAGAAGAAAAGAGCUUGAAGAGUUAGAGAAUCAGAAGGGUGAGAUUGACGAGAGGGCCGAGUCCCUGGUCCGAAAGGAGCUCUGGUGCGGUCUGGCUUACCUAAUGGUUCAAACGGCUGGGUUCAUGAGGCUAACAUUUUGGGAACUGUCUUGGGAUGUGAUGGAGCCAAUUUGCUUCUAUGUCACAUCCAUUUACUUCAUGGCUGGGUAUGCAUUCUUCCUUAGGACAUCCAAAGAGCCUUCUUUCGAAGGGUUUUUCCAUAGCAGGUUUAUGGCUAAGCAGAAAAGAUUAAUGAAGCAAUAUGAUUUCGAUAUUGGAAGGUAUAAUGAGCUGAGAAAAGCUUGUUAUCCAUCAUCAUCAACGCCUUAUAAUUCGACCACUUCUUUUGAUAAAGCAGGAAAGGUCCAAUUGGGUGUUGUACAUGAUUAAUUCAUUUGAUAAAAUAACAACGAUAUAGUAAUAAGAAAAACAAGAAGAGAAAAAAUAGCAUACAAUUUUGGUUAAUAUUCUCCAUUUUUUUGUUAAUGUUUUUGUUUUAUCUUUGCAAGAAGUUAAACAAAAUUGUUAUAUCUCUCUAAAA